AUUAAAAGGAGCUUGUCUGGAGGCAAGUGAGUGAGGAAGUCGGAUUAUCUGGUAAAAUGUAAAAAACUUUGUCUAUCACUUGAUCCCGCCGGUCAAAUUGACUUCGUGCCAAUGAAGCGAGUACAUGAUUUUCCUCUUUAGGCUUGGUGUGAAUAGCCCUUUGGGGAUGCUGGUCCCUGUCCUAUCAAAACCACAGGAUUGGGGGCCAUGAUUCAGCAGAAAAACUGUUCACAGACUGGUUUCUGGAAGUGGUUUUAAAGCCAUGUGGUGAUUUCCACCACAGAGUCAUGUCUGUAUUUGAUGCAGCGCCUCCUGAGGCCCGGAGAUCACAGUUGUCCAGUACUGUUUUAUGGUCUUGUCCCUCUUUGCGCAGAGAUUGAGAGACUUCUCCUGGUCCCCUGAAGAUAAUUAUCUUUGCAGUAUCAUACCUGGAGUAUGUCUGUCCUGUGCAGACAAGGGAACAACUAUUGCGGCUUUCCUAGUACCUUUAGAAAAGUUGCUUGAGGCAGAGACUAGGUCCUGUAUAUUUGUGUGACACGCUGCUGCUGCUCCAAAGAAGCACCCAGUUCAUCAAAGUUUUCGGAGCUUUAAUAACAGAAAAAAAACGCUUCCACAAUCGCCAAUAUUACACACAUCUGAUGUAAUAUGUGUACACUCUGCGACGUGUAUCAUUGCAAACAAAGAACAUACAGCGCAGUCAAUAGAAAUUACGGCUAACUAGGAUCACCUCUCCACCACAAUGCAGGUAAGACCGCCCCUUAUAUGACUUACCGGCUUUCAAACUAAGUGCCAACAUGACCAAAGCACAGCGAAACCAAGAGCAACAAGACAAAAGUAAUUGAACACAGGAUAACUGAUAAGCAAAGCAACAUUAUGGCUCUUACAACAACUUUUGACAUAAUAAAGUCACUUUUUCCUAUUAGAUAAUUAUAAUUUGACACAAGAUAACAUCUAGUACAUGUAAGACAAAAUCACAAACUUUGCAAAUCUGCAAAAAAUCUAUUAACAGACACACUCUAAAUAACACAGUGGUUCUCUCUACAUUAUGAGUAGAUGUGAGUCCAGUGAAAGCUGAGGUAAAGCUUCAGUCAGCUGUUUAAGGAGACAAUGACCGCGAAACCGUACCCUAAAUCUGAAACAAACUGUCAGCUCCACCUGAAAUCCACUACUCUACCUCAUGUGGAGUCUAAAAUAAUCUCCAGAUAACAACUUCACAGAGUGUUCCCUCUCUGAGAGGGCAAUCAAGCAGGUGCCUGGUUAGUCAUGAGGACUAAACAUACAGGCUGUGGGCGUCUCUGGUUUCCAGCUGAGAGUACUUGUUCACAGAGAGCAGGUAACACAGGCCUGUUUAGAUCCACAUCCACCACUGCACGGAGAUGAAAAUGCUGCAGAGGUGUGUGACUGAAACUAGAAGGAGCUCUGUGGUCAAGGAUUAUAGAUGCUGACGUGGAAACAGGCCUUAAACAUAGAGCAUUUUUACUUCAACAAAGUCAGACAUCACCAACAUCUCAAGAGGCUCCUCACUCUCUUAGCCAAGAGCCAAAAGCUUGCCUCGAUCCUCCACCUGGGUCUGAAACGUCCCUGGUUACCUCGGGUAGUCUAGAUCCUGUUCACUUCAAGUCCCUGAGUCUAUGAAAGCAUUUAAAUAAGAAAAAAGUAAUGUAAAUCUGAAGUUCUGAUGUUCUGGACAGCUUCAGUCUAUUUUUAAGAUGUGAGAUAAAGUUUAAAAAAUCACAUGAGGUUCAUUUUUUAACUCUUUAGCUCUUGAACAGACCCCAAACAGGCACAAACACUCAGAAGUUAAGGUUAAAUUUUAGGAUAUUUUACAGGAUAAAAACCAUAGACUGUACAGUCUAUGGUAAAAACCCACUGUCACCUGCUGCCACCUUGUGGUGUAUCUCUGAACUGCACUCCGAGCCUAAAGUGUUUCUAUGGCUACAGAAAGUGAUGCAAACUGUGGACCUCAGUCUGAACAAUUAACAGCUGGCUCAGGAACAGUCUGAGGACACAAAGAGGAGAGAGUUUUUCUUCUGAUCACAGCUCAGACGAUUCAGAUUCACUCCUCUAAAAAAAGAUAAAACACAUUUAAUUGUAUAUUUAAUAAUUUACAUAAGCUGGUUUAUAACAUGUUUUUUAUUUUCUUGCCUCUUUUUUUAUCUUUAUGAGCCAUAAAUCAAUUUAUCAGCUGAUCUUUGUUUUUAUGUUGAUCAGAGCGUUCACAGGAUCUUAUUCAAACACAAAGGUGCAUGAACACUCCCACACACACAGACACAGACACACACACACACACACACACACAAAAGAACAGUUCCUUUGCACAAUUACAACAUGUGCCGUCAUCCGGCCUCUAUGAUGGUUGUCAUGGCAAUGUCAUUGAUAAGGUGGACUAAACAAUGUUCCUUUCUUUGGCACGUGACUGACAGAAAGUCCUGUGAGGCGUCGUGUGUGUACGUGCGUGUGUGUGUGAUCAUUAAAAGCCCGUGUGCUGAAUCAGACCUCCUUUAAUGAAAUCAGACUCCGGGUUGCUAUAGAGCUUCUUCACCUUUACGUGUUCAGCUCCGUCUACCUGCCUUCCUUCCUUCCUUCCUGCAGCUCUGCCUCUGUGCAACUCUCCGGAGCUCUGCUGCUGCUGCUGCUGCUGCUGCUGCUGUUGCUGCUGGGAUGGAUUAACCGUUUCUUCUUCAACCUGCCUAACGAUAAGCUCCUGAGUGUGAAGAGGAAACACAAUCAGAGGAAAGAAAAAACCUUGAUUGCUGCUGCAGCUCUGACUUACAGACUUAGAGUCCCAGCUCUGCAACCACAGGCGAGUAGAUGUCUCCAAGAGAGGACUGAGCUCGACUGAUAGAGUGUGAGUAAUCCAGAUUAUCAAUGAUUUAUCACUUCAUUUUGUUUUUUGUGACAUAUUUUGACAAGAACGUGAAAUUAAUCUGACUGAGUUUGAUUCAAGAGGUGAAUUUUAGCUUUGCAAAGACUGAUCAGUUCAUAUUUUACCCUUUUUUAAAGCUUUUAAUUGUUUUAAAUUAUUUUAAUUUUGAUUCUGAGUGUGUGUGUUUUUUUUCACAGCAGCUCUGUAUCAUACGUGCGCACACACACAGCGAGGUUAGCGGGCUCUUCUGUGGAGCUCAGCCUCUUCAGGUGAAGUGGAGUUCUGUAUCAUUAAUCUGCAGAGCUGUUUGCAGUCUGCAGGCAACAAAACGCUGCAGCAGACAGGGGAAGAAAACGGGAGUUUAAUUUUCUGUUUUGAACAUUAUUUUGAAGGGUUACCAAGAAGUGACUCCAAUAUGUGAGUAAAUUAUACAUACGGAGCAUUAAUUUGAAAGUGUUUGUGUCAACAUGAGAGAGGAAAUUAUCAUUUUUAUCUGUUUGGUGUUUUAAGUGACUCUUAAUCCAAAUGCAGGUCAAAGAUUUGAUAUCAAAGAGACAGAAAUAAACUGAUCUUACCUCAGCAACAUGCUUCUACAGGAAUCUGCUGAUGUUUAAAGAGACGUCAGGGAGCCACAGGUGAUGACCGAGGAGCUUCAGAUAGAAUAAAACCGAACAGAGGAACCUGGUUUAUAAAAACUAUAAAACAAAUAAAACUAAAUAUUCAGCAAGUUAAAGAUCAAACUGGAGGAAAAUAUUUAGAGAACAUUACGGAAAACACAUAAAAGACAUUUUCAUGUUUCUCUGCGUGAAAAUCAAAAAAACUUCAAAUAAAUCAGAGGUGUGACAUGGAUUCAAGACUUUACUGCAAAAACUAAGAACUAGGCGAGUUUCCUUUUCCUAUUUCUGGUAAAAAAAAAUUUAGAUAAAUAUCAGUCACCUUCUGCUGACAACAGCAUGUAAUACCUGGAAAUUAGACUCUUUUCUGUACUCAUCAGGUGAACUUGAAUGAAUGAUUUAUUUAUUUCGGUAUAAUAUGACUGAAAGGGUGUAGGCAGAAGCAAUGCUUAUAAAAACCUACCCCUUAUACCAUACAUCAAGUACAUUAUACAGAUACACUCUCUUUAUACAAAUAUCAACACUUCAAUAUGUAUUCACUCUUCAAAUCAGAUGGAGUAAUGAACAUGCGUUACACUUUACAUGAAUAAUCAGAUAUCACUUUCUCUACAAUAUUGAGAUAUAACAUUAUUCUUGUUAAGUCUCUUAAAGCUUACCAGAGUACUACAUUUUCUAAUUUCUACCUGGCAGUUGUUCCAUAUUUUCAUCCCUUUACAACUUGACAUAAAUCAGGUCUAAUGAGUUUUUUUUUUAAAUACAAAUUCUGCAUCAUUUUGAGUUUCUGCAGUUUUACACUAUUAUAAAACUCCUGCGUAGAGAGUUACUUUUUCUCUUUCACAAAAUGUGUAUUUUUUUGUCAGCUUUAUUUACAGAUUAAUACAGAAUGCAUUUUUUUUUUUUUUGGUGCAAUUUAACAAAAGUCAGGUGUCAUAGUUACCGCUGCGCAGACCCUGGGGGGGCUGUAGAUUUAAGACUGCAUUUCUGGGACCCUUAUUUUUGCAACAGCUCGUCACAGACUUUCAUUUUAGCACCAACUUUCAGUCCUGAGAAAUGAAGCAGAUGUGGAAGUGUUAAAAACUGCAGUUCCCUGAGUGUCCACUAGAGGGUGCCUGCAGAAGCACCGUAAACCACAUACACACUCAUUUAAAGCAAAGACGGUUUUCAGUUGACAGUAUCAUCUCUUUUGAGCGUGAAAAGUUCGCAUUUUUAACAUCUAACCCGAAACAUAACUUUACCACAACCUGAUCUACCUAACCCCCAAUUUUCACUGCAUCCAGAACAACUCCAAUCCGGGACGGCAGCAGUUUUCACCGUCCGCCAAUUUCUACCAGAUCCGUUUGUGAGAUGAAUUUUGUGGCGGAUUAUGGACAGCAGGAAUCAUAAAUUCACGUGCAAUCGCGCGAUAACAAGUUGUCGUCAGCCACAUAGGUUAACCAUAUCAGCAGUAGAUUGUGUCCUUCCAGUGGAGGAAAUCUACUUCUAGACCUCUAGAAUCAGCAUCUCCUCAUCCAUGGUGUCAUCGGGAUGAAAUGACGUCUAAAAACCUUUCACUUGUUCGUUUCCACCCGUUUGCAUAGUGUGAAAUACGAUGCGCCUGAAACACGGAGUGUUGUAUUUUGAAAAGAAGCCGGAUGUUUUAUUUUGUGUCUGUGCCCGACUUCCUUUCCAGCACAGGUUAAUCUGUACUGACUUUAACCGAUAUGCUCUGGCGUCCAGAAAAAAUCUAACUCUUGCAGUCCGGCAAUCCGCGGAGGAACGGAAAGAAGCCGGUGAAAAUUGACACAUUAAAUUGAAUGGUUACGAUCAGCUGCGACCGGCGGAUGCGGCCUUCUAGUAGCUGUUCCGGACGCAGUUGAAAUUGGGGGUUAGGAUUAAAGGGUCAGGAAUCCUGGAGCUGAGAAAGACCACAUGUGAUGGUGCAUCCAGGUGAGGACCUGCGCUAAAACAUCAGGACUUUAAAUUAGAAACAAAAACACUAAAACAGUCAUAAUCAAUAAAUAAUCUUAAAUGCUUCCCUCCAGUACCUGAGUAAUCAGAGCCCGAGUGGGACUGGACUCGAGUGCUGAAAUGAGGAACUGCAGAGAGGCACAAAGAGAGGACAUGCAUCAAAAAACUGCAAAAUCAAGAUUCGACCUGCAACAAGGACGACAGUCUCUGCGAACUCCUCAAACCUGGCUGACCUUACUUUCACAUCCUUCAAGUCCUGGAGCUGCAUGCACAGAACAUGAGCAGAUACUGAUGAUGAAGACAGGAGUGUCAGAGAGCUGAAGAACAUCCAGGCCUCUGGAAACAAUAAGAAACCCGCUGCGCUCUGAAACAAAAGCUCUUAAUGACUCACUGAUCGAUCUGAAAUAAAACAGCACAGCUCGACUCAAACUCACCACCUCCACCUCGUCUGUCAAACAGGCUGCAGGUGGUGUUGUUAUCCUGGACGUGGUGUGACCAAAUCAGCUCUUUUGUAAUCCGGGGCAACGUCACCGCUGAUUUGAACAGCAGCAUGGAGCAGAAAAACACGUUAAAAACAUGUUUACAGCAGAUUAAGACACGCCAGGACAGAAUCAAACCGUGAUCCUGAGUCCAGGGUUCACCAUAGAGGUGGUUCGAAUGUUUCCUGAACAGAGGUCGUCGUAUUUGAAGCUGAAGUCUGGUUUUAUCAGGUUUAACUACAGCUGUUUUCUCCUAAAUGUACAAGUUUUUAUGGAAACAGACAAUAAACAGUCAUUCUGCACAUUUUCACCAACUGAGAUCUCUUAAAAUCAAGAUGGCUGACUAGAAAAUGUGAAAACUGAGCAGCUCAGGAAUAUCUUCUUUCUCCUUUCACUGAAGAGAGACCUUAAUGAUGAAUUUAGGUGAAUUAAAUUCAGUAACACUGUGGUUUAAAAGAAGUUCUCUUUAAUGGUUUCCGCAUGUAUUACAGCAUACGACAGACGAAGAAGAAGUAGACUAGUGAACCAGCUGUAGCAGAGCUGAGAAAAGAUUAAUGCUGCGUUCAAGUUACUUCAGAAGUCAGAUGUCGGAGCUGAAAAUAAUGUCACACCGGAUUUACCAGCGUUUAAGUUACCAAGGCUGUGUCUGAAAUGAAUCACUUAAUCCCUUACCCCUGACCUCCAUAUGGGGUUUCACUAUAUAGUUGACUAUGUAGUGAGCUCAAUCACCGGAGGUUUCGGACAUUACAUGGCAAGACGCAAUGCAUGACAGGAUGCCCACCACCAGUAAGUGACCAUCGGAUGGUCACUACAUUUUGCAAUGCUCUAUGGGAAAUUUUAAGUCACCUAUAUGGGGCACUGGAAUUGAUCACUCAGGUUUCAGACACCCCUCAAAAUGGCGCUAACCCCCAUAUAGUCACCUAUAUAGGGGUUAGGGAUCCAUUUCGGACACAGCCGAGUCGGAAAAAAGCAAAAUUGGAGGCGAAAACAAGAUGGCUACUUGCAUUGUCCUUGUUAUAUUCGGACAAGGCAAAGGCUAAAAUACUUUUGGUAGAUGUAGCCAUCUUGUUUCCCCUCUGAUUUUGCUUUUUUCCGACUUGGUAACUUAAAUGCUGGGAACUCGGGUGUGACGUCAUUUUCAGCUCUGACAUCUGAUGUAUUUCUCUUUGUUUUACUAAUCUGUGAAACAGUUAUGUUGGGUUAUUUGCUGUUUCGCAGGUCGAUGUCAGGUUUGUGAAUCUGUUAAAUAUUUUCAAAUGUUUCAGAUUAUUUCCUCGAGUUUGUUCUGAACAGGAUUAUUUAUUCACGGAUCAGAUGUCUUCUUCAAACGUCAGUGGCCUAAACUAUACAUCUCUGUGGUUCAUAUUUAAUAGAUCUUGAUGUAACAGAGCUCUAUACCCAUUAAUACUUAUUAUUCCUUUCACUUUGUCAGAGAAAUAAUCAGAGAUCACCACCACGCCUUUUUUUUUCUUUUUUUUAACCUCGUUGCAGGGAGUGUAAAGCACUGCAUUGAUUUGUUAAUAUGUGGAAACUGGAUCAUCGCUACUGGCAACACGUUAUAAAACACGCUGAAUUAUGUAUAAGUGUAUGGUUCCAAUGAUGAUCAGUCUAUCACGUCAAACAUGUUGCAUACACCUUUUCCAUUUGUGCAUAAUGGAGGAAGAAGUGAAUUCAAACUCAUUUCUGUCAUUUUCAAUAUAAAACUGUGUUUUUUUCUACAGACCCCCCCCCCCCUCUUCUUUCUCUUUCUGUCAUGCAUGUAAAUCUGAGCUGUUUUUCAGACUCGCAGUCUCUGACUCAUGCAGGAAAAUGUUAUGUUACCGUCUGAGGCAUUGGUAACUGCCACCUUAUUCGGUCCAAUAAAGAGAAGCAAGGACAAACAGUACAAAAGCUGAUAGAGAGCGGCUGCCUCUGCUGGUGCUGCAGAGGGCGGGUGCAUGAAGAACAGAUUCUGUUGAAUUCAGACAAAACAGAGAAAAGUGUUCAGUAUGUUCGGCUUUUCUGAACCUCUGAGGUCUUACUUUACACUGAGGUGAAUUUACAGGUGUGUAAGACACAGGUACACACAAACAAAAACUGUUUGGUGUGACUCCCACCUUACUGUUGGGCUGGGCAAUAUGGCCUCAAAUCAAUAUCACGAUAUAUAUUGAUCACUUCACCUCAAUAAUGAUAAAUGGACAAUGGCUACUUCACAAGCUGCUAACCCCCUCCCACAUUAACUUCAUCUACUUCAGCCGCUACAACUUUUGAACCGUCCUCCAUCUCCUCACCUGUCUUUCCCUCUUUGUUACAGACUGGAUGGGGUGGAGUCAGCGUAGGACAGCGUUUUAGAGGGACAUGAGACCAUAGCCUACCUACACACAUCCAAAACCAACUUUGGUUUAUUAUAUUUUUACCGAAUACCGAUAUGGGUAAAAUGAUGUUGGUUAUUGUUGUAAAUUUAGUAUCAGUCAAUUUUUGGUUUAUCCCCCAGCCCUACCUCAGAGAGACAAAAACAUUUAAUCUAACAACUAAUUUAUACAAAAAAGAUCUGAAGCUGUUCAUCAAAUUAAAAUAAAACUAUAAAGAAAUAUUUCUGUCUUUGAUUAUUUAUCCUUAAAACGUACUGAGUAUUUUUUCGUUUUAUAAGAAAUCUGCAGUCAGUGAAUUUUCAGGAAGUUCCCUUUUGUUGACAAAUUUCAAAAUAAAAGCCCCAGGAAAGUAUUUCUAAUUUUUUUUUAACUUUUCAUUUUGACAGUCACUCACUACAACUCUAACUGUAUCACUUCACUUUCCUGUUGAUGUUUGCACUUUAUUUUCUACUUUAUUAAAAAAAAAUUUAAACGUUUAUUCGCGAUGUUGGACAAUGCUUCCUCAACUGUCCCAGCUUUAGGGUAUCGUCCUAAAUCUACCCGACAAUCAAAAUAAUAAAAAAAGAGAGAUAUAAAAGGAGCGAGUCAAAACUGCAGAAAGAUGAAAAAUAAUGAUAAAUAAUAAAUAAAUAAAGGGCCGACUCCUCAGUGGAUUACACUCGUCCUGUAAAUUCCCAAUCAUGAAAUGAAAAACUGUUAGUGCACCAUCACUCUCUGAAAGUCUUUCCUUGUUUCCACAGAAUCCAGUUUCACAUCAUCCCCAAAACCACCUGCCGGGUCCACCAGGGAUGGAGGCAGACGGCUGCCAUCCGGGGUUUGCAAUGGACUCAGGUAACCCCUUGCUGAGAGCAGUAUUUCUCCGGCGCCUGCGACUUACGCGACUGCUCCUGGAGGGAGGAGCCUACAUCAACGAGAGUGACAGCCAAGGCCAGACUCCUCUGAUGGUGGCCUGCAGGACCCAGCAUACCGACACCCAGAGUGCCAGCCGGGUCAAACUGGUUCAGUUCCUCCUGGAGAAAGGAGCCGAUCCGAACAUCCAGGACAAGAAAGGUCGCUCUGUGCUGAUGCACGCCUGCCGGGAGCGAGUUGGCACUGAGGUUGUGUCUUCGCUACUCGCCAGUGGAGCCGACAUCAGCCUGGAGGAUCAUUCAGGGACAUCUGCGCUGGUCCACGCGGUCAUGGCUGGAGACUGGAAGGUGCUGAAGCUGUUAAUGGACACAUGCAAGGCCAAGGGGAAAGAGGUGAUCAUCAUAACCACAGACCAGUUCCCAUGCGGGGAGCUAAAAGCCAAGCAGUACCUCAGCAUGCCAUCUCUUGAUCCUGAUCCGGAUCCAGACAAAACAACAUCAGCGGCUCCUGCGUCUCCUUCAGACAUCCAGCUCAUCACAUCCCCUCAGUGUCCCUCCUCCACUUUACAGCCCCCACAGUCUGUCUUCUCCUUCAAAGAGUCCAAGUCCUUCGGCGUGAGCUCCCAUCCAUGUUCCCCUUCACGGUACCAAAGGCUCGGCCAAGCGGUACCAAACGGCCUUCAGCAGCCCCUCCUGAGGUUGAACUCUGAGCCGUGGUUAAAAAUCCCAGCAUCUCUGCUUUCCCUCCAGCAUCACACCACCCUGUCUUCGGAGAAUGGGAAAGACCCCAACCAAAGUGAGGACGUGUCUUUCAGGAUUCCCAAACUUGACGAGGAGAGCAGCACCAGUUCACUCAGCCACAGCUUCAGCUGGUAUGAGGACCAACUGGAGAAGGAGAAGGGAGUGCAAGAAGACGGGAAGAAUGGAUGUGCCAAACAUGUUGGACAAAAGAUGUCUUUGCCUGGUCUCUCGUCCCCCCACUCUGCCUCUCACCCCAACCUUCAUUCUGGAAACCUUGGUACAGAUUCAAUGAGAUCCUCUUCCUCCUUUUCUGGAGCCAGAAACCUCGGCUCUCAACUUCACAACCUGGCCUCGUCCAGUCUUUAUAGUAUCAUCCAGAGGCGGAAGCUUGGGGCAGAUAUCUACAGCUCUGAUCCUCAGCUGGCCUUCAACAUCCAUAAUGUCCCUGAAGAGUCCCAGCACAAAGCCAAAGACCUCACAGAUGCAAAGAGGCUGCCCCCUUCACGCUGCUCGAGCACGCUGGGCUCCAGAGAGUCCCUGUCCACCGCAGGAAGGAAACUGCUGUCUGGGUUUGAGCGCAGAGGGUCUGGAGCUUACCUAUUGGACCACAACUCCCAAAGCAGGCCGAGAUCUUUACCACCUCUGACCCUCAGCUCCACCAACAACCCCCUCAUUAAUGUUUAUAACCUGAGCUCCAGUGGUGGUGGAGGUGGCUUCCUCCCCUCUGCGCCUCCAGGGCACCCCAAAGAGCUGACCAGGAGGAUGCUGCUGAGGAGACACUCUAUCCAGACUGAACAGUUCAAAACCACGGCCUGAAGGUCAGCCGAUGGAGCCAUCACUGUGUUUUGAUGUGAAACGUUUAGUGUGAUGUGUCUGUGCAGUAAAACCGAUGUAGGAAAUCAUGUAAGACAAACACAAACUGCAGGUACCCUCCUCUUCUUCUUCUUUAGUGUGCGGUGUUGUAACUGUGCUUGUCGCUUUCAUGUGCAGUUGUACGUGCAACGCUUCUCUAACCCAGGAUUUCCACUGCAUCUGGAACAACAGUGAUAUCCCCCGUAAGCCAAUUCCUACCAGAUCCAUUUGUGAGGCAAAUAGGGACUGUAGGAAUCGUGAGAACUCACAAGAACCAACAGAUUCACGUGCAAUCGUGGGAUAAUAAGUUGUCUUUAGCCACAUAGGCUAACCAUAUCAGCAGUGGAUUGUGUCUCUCCAGAGGAGGAAAUCUACUUCUAGACUUAUAAAAUCAGCAUCUCCUCAUCCAUGGUGUCGUCGGGAUGAAAUGACAUCUAAAAAUCUUUCACUUGUUCGUCUCCGACCGUUUGCAUGGUGUGAAAUACGAUGCACCUGAAACACGGAGUGUUUUAUUUUUAAAAAAGGCCGGAUGUUUUAUGUUGUGUCUGUGCCCGAGUUCCUUUCCAGCUAAAGUUAAUCUGUGCUGAAUUUAUCUGACAUGCUCCGGCUUCUGCAGAAUGGAAAGAAGCCGCUGGAAAUUGACACAUUAACUUGAAUGGUUACGAUCAGCUGCAAUCGGCGGAUACGGCCUUCUAGUAGCCAUUCCAGAUGUGGUGGAAAUUGGGGGUAAAGCUGCAGAUUUCUGAGCAACAGUGAAAAAAAUGGAAACUACAACCUAACAUUAUCAACACAAUAACCUCCCCCUGGGCGGCGGCUUAUGUUGCUCCUUCACCUGUAAAUAUUCUUCAGUGUUCUCAGACUCAUGCCAUGGCACCCCCCUACCAUCAAGGACGCUAGCUUUCAUGUUUACAUAUGCGUUGACCUUCACUACAGAGCUUUUUAAAAAUCAGGGCCACACGAGGGUCAAAGAUCACAGCCAUCAGUUUGGGUUUUUGUCCCGGUUUGACCUUGUUCCUAUCGUUCUGACGCUGUUGAAGUAUUCGCUCACACAGUCUCUCACAGAGCGGUAAACCUCUUCCCAUCUUUUAAACCAUCUUCACCCCUGAGAGACACAGACAUUACAAUCAAGAGAGCUAGAUUUGUUUUUUUCAUUUGCCAGAUGUGUAAAACAAAACCUAAAAUACAGAAGUGGAAUUGAUGGACUUAGAACAAUCAACAAUAAACUUAAACAGGGUAAAACAGACUGAGAGGAACCGUCAUGUUGUUGUCAUAUGGUUGUCAAUCUGUUGUGGUUUAGUUAUCCGUUAGUUACCGCACUUGUUUAUGGAUAUUUGACAUGAUGUAAAUUAAAGGUUAUCAUCACCCCUUAAUCUGAAAUUAGAUGAACAUGAAGAGGAAUACUUGAUUUCUCAGUGACUGUUUUAGCAUACAGGCUAACAUUAGCUUUGUCAGCCAAACAAACCAGAGGAAACCAUGAAGUUCUCCAAGAGUGAGACACCAAAGUGAAAAGAAAUAAGCACUGAGGUAUUUAAGGACUUAUUCACCUCUGUUUGUCUAAACUGAUUAUAUUUUAUUAUUCUGUCAGUUAAGAGAAAAUGUCCAGUCCGCUCACCAUCAGCAGUCCUGUCCCAUCAUCCAUCCACUGAGAGGGUUCAGGUGUGACAGUCCUAAUCCUGAUCUUCAGUGUUAGCUUCUUUAAGAAACCCUCACAAUCCCAGAUAAGAAGACACUUCAUAUAUUUAGAGAAAUCAGGGUUAGCUUCCACUGUCAUCAAAAACAGGCCCAAAGGAAAUUGAUGACUAAUGCUACGAAAGACCAUUUUGGCCAAAAAGAUGGUCAACAGAUUUUUUAAAAAUCUUUUUUCUUGGGAAAAUGUCAGAUUUCUGAUUUCAGUCUCUGAAUCCUGACUUUAAUUUCAGAAUUCUAAAUUUAAUCCUGGAAUUCUGGGAAAAUUUGAAUUCUGAGAAAAAAAGUCAGAAUAAUGAAUUUGAAAUAAGGAGUCUGAGAAAAAAGACACAAUUUGGACUUUAACCUCAUGAUUCUAACAAAAAAUUUGAAAUCUCAGAACAAGGACAGAGUUUUGAUUUUCCUCAAAAUUUUGUGGGAACAAAAGUCAGAAUUUUUUAUUUUAACACAACAUUAUGAAGGUGAAAAUACAGUUCUGACAAAAAAAUGCACUUGUCUGAAUUAAAUUGCAGAAUUCAGAAUUCUGGGAAAUCUCAGAAUUCUUAAAAAGAAGAAAAACAGAAUUCUGACAAACAUUUCUGGGGGCAAAAAAAAAAGAAAUUCUAACAUCAAAGAAAAAAUAAUUCAGAAUUAUUUUUCUCAGAUUUCCAAGAAAUAUUCAAAAUUGUAAUUUUCAAUUUAAUUAUUUUUUUAACACAAUUUCCAGAAUUCUGAGAAAAAAGAAUAUACCAGGAUUCUGAGAAAGUAGAAUUCAGACUCUUUUUCUCAGAAUUUUGAUUUUCAACACAGAAUUCUAAAAAAACUUAGAUAUCCAAUGUAAACUUGAAACAAAUCUCAGCAAAAAUAAAUCAGAAUUCCAAGAAAAGAAACUGUAAUUCUGACUUAAGUUAGAAUUUUGAGAAAAAAGUUUGAAUUCUGCUUUUAAUCUCAAAAAUAUUAGGAAAAAUCUGAGUUCAAUUAAGUUUUUUGACCUUUUUAAUGAGUCUUUUCUCUCCUGUACAAAUGCUGAUCAAUUCAUCUAAAAUGUUUUUUGUGCCUCCGUUCAUUUUCCAUUUUCCACUGUUUACUCUCACCGAUGGUCUUCAUAAAUUCAGAGAGUCCUGAAUUGAAUAUGUUUGUAAAACUCAACUGUGUAAGAUCAGCAAGAAAAAUGUUUAAUAAAUGAAUUUAUUAUGAUAAAAACAUUGCACAAAACAAUGUAAAAGUACAGCACUAUGCAAUAAACAGGCAUAGUCAUUUAAAA